UUCGCUGCGAAUCUUGAAAAUGGCUGCUUCUUACCAACUUCGUUGCCAAAUUUUUGGUCAUGAAAAAGAUGUUAGGGCAGUUACUGCAGCAAUUUUACCUGAAAGUGCCAUUGUUUCAGGAUCAAGAGAUAUAACGGCACGGGUAUGGGUGCCGAUCGAAGGAGAAAAUGGUUUUCAAGAGGGUCACUGUAUGAGUGGACACAGUAAUUUUGUGGCAAGUGUUUGCUGCUUACCUCCAGAUGACAAACAUCCACAUGGACUUAUAUUUACUGGCAGUAAUGAUUCAACCAUUCUAGCUUUCACACUUGAUUCACCACAGCCACUAUAUACACUUGAAGGACACAGUAGCACAGUGUGUUCCCUUGCUUCUGGAAAGUUUGGUACAUUAUUGAGUGGUUCCUGGGAUAAAACAGCUAAAGUAUGGCUCUCACAGAAAUGUGUGAUGACACUGGAAGGUCAUGAGUCAGCAGUAUGGGCUGUGGCUAUAAUGCCGGAACAAGGUACAAUGUUGACUGGCUCAGCUGAUAAAACAAUCAAAGUAUGGAAGGCCGGCAAGUGUGUAAACACAAUCAAAGGGCACGAGGAUUGUGUGCGUGGUCUAGCAGUAACACAGGGUAGUGAGUUUCUCUCCUGUUCUAAUGAUGCUACAAUCAGGCGGUGGCUUCUGUCUGGUGACUGUCUCCAGGUCUAUUAUGGUCAUGAGAACUUUGUCUAUAGUAUUGCUGUUUUACCGAAUGGUCAGGAUUUUGUGACCAGUGGAGAGGAUCGUACAGUGAGGGUUUGGCGUAAUGGAGAGAAUACACAGACCAUAACACAUCCUACAUUGUCUAUAUGGACUGUGUGUACUCUAGUUAACGGAGAUAUAGUAUCUGGUGCCAGUGAUGGUACUAUACGAGUGUUUACCAAUGAUCCAAAGAGAAUUGCCUCCACAGAGGAACUGAAAGCCUAUGAUGAUCAAAUAGCAGCCUCACAGGUUCCUCAAGAUAUCAAACCAGAGCAAUUACCAGGUCCAGAGGCACUUAAUAAUCCUGGUACAAAAGAGGGACAGACAAAGAUGGUACGCAAUGCAAGUGGAAAGGUUGAACUCUACAGCUGGGAUAGAACUGUGCAACAAUGGAAGAAGGUUGGAGAUGUAGUCGGCUCUUCUGGUGGUACGACAGCUACUUCUGGAAAAACCCUGUUUGAAGGAAAGGUACAAAAUUACAGUCCAUGUUUCCUCAGCUAUAGAUGGCAAAGUAUUUGAAUCAGAGACAAUUUU